AUGGUUGCAGUUGACCCAAAAUUGAAAGGGAUUGGACAACAACGAGGAUUACAAAUUUGGAGAAUUAAUAAAUUUGCUUUAGAAGACAUGCCAAAAGAGCAAUAUGGCAAUUUUUAUAGUGGAGAUUCCUAUAUUAUUUUAAAUACUAAAAAUAUUGGAGAAUGGGACGUUCAUUUCUGGUUAGGAAGAAAUACUUCUCAAGAUGAGAUGGGUACUGCAGCAAUUAAAACUGUUGAAUUGGACGAUUCAUUAAAUGGAUUGCCUGUUCAAUAUAGAGAGGUAACAAAAUAA